UGGACUUUGCUGCCUCAAUCUUUCUCGGGCGCCGCCGCGGACAAGGAAAAAGUCGCGUAGUUUUCGAUUCCACCACCGUACAUUACAGUAAUUUCGUCGUUCAUUAAAAAUCGAAGAGCAGCAAGAAAUAAUCACAACAACAAAAUGCGGUGCAGUGGCAGAAUAUGAAUGAAACUCACACAGGAUUUGCCUUAAACAAAGCUCUGCACAACAGCAAAAGUGAUAGAAAAUCCAACAAGCGGGCGUGAAAUAUCCCCAGCACCAAAAAUGUCGACAAUUGUGGAACAGGCUGCCACAGCGGCAACAGCAUCAGAGGCGGCACCCGCAGCAUCGGUGGUGUCAUCCACGCCCACCGCCUCCGCCUCCGCCACCGCCACAGCCACCUCCACAGCAGUGGCAUUAUCCGGCGCCCCCACAGCAGCCACGACGGAAAUUGAACAACUGCAACAGGCAUUAAUCGAGAAACAGUCACAGCUUUACGCCCUGGAAUCCGCCUGCCUGCGGGAGACGGAACGUCAGGUGGAGCUCGAGGACAGCGUGAUAGCGUGGCAGGAUAAGUACGAUCGCCUGUACGAGUCCCACAAGCGUGUCCAGAAGGUCAAUCAGAGUCUCGAGGACAAGAUGCUGAAGCUGGUGGACAGGAAUGCCAACGAACGGGCCCAGCUGACGAGUGACGUGGCAACGCUGAGUGUGCGUCUGGCCCAAGCGAAUUUCAACAUUGCCAAGCUGCAGCGGGAAAUCGAACGCUACAAGGCUGACAUUAGUCUGGCGAUACAGCUGCUGCAGUGCAAACCGGAUAGUUUUGUGGCCCAAAAGGUGUCAUCGCUACCCAUUGAUAUUCAAGCCAAGGUAUCGGCCUAUAUGCGCCUGGAGACCAAUUCGCAUUCCGAUUCCGAGUGCAGCAAUAGUGGUGUGGGCGUGGCCACCACAGCUUCCUACAAAGUGCUUCCGGCCUCCGAUUCACCACCGCCAGCUGCCUGCCCCUUUCCGCCCACAGCGAUGGUCUACUCGAUGCGGGGACUCGGUAGGUAUGAAACCAAUGGCAAUGGCAACAAUCCUCCACAGCAAACAACCACAAAUGGCAAUAGCAACAACCAAAACAACAACAACAAUGCCACAAAGGACACGCUGAACAACAAUAAUAUUAGCAACAAUAAUUCCAACAAUAAUCCACACAAAUUCAACAACAAUUCGAGUGGCAAUGGAAACCACACGACAAGUCAUUCGAUUAGCAAUCCAAAUUCCGACAUGAUAUCCCCCACGAUUAUGGCCAAAUUCCUGGAGGAUGAACUGAAGGCCAAUGAGGUGAAGCACUGCGACACGUGCGCCUGCAGCAAACAGGAUCUCCAGGUGCUGGCCGAUGUCUCGCGUUCCUACACGGUGGCCACCCAGACGCCCCACCAUCAGCAGUCGCUGCAGCUGCAGCAGGGAGGAGCGUCGACCCUCAAUGAACCGCUGACCCAGCUGUGCCUGCGCUGCCACAGCAAUCUGAACUCUCCCUCGCGCACGAACAGUCCCUAUCUGAUGAAGCUGGUCAAGUCCAGUGAUUCGGUAAUCUCCGAGACAAAGAGCUCCGUCUCGGAUCUGAAUGACAUGGACAAACUGUUUGUGCCAGCGAAGAAGGAUGAUCUGAUGGUGAAUCCCAUUCUGGGGCAUCAUCGACUGUGCGAGCGUACGUCAGCCGUGACGGCCUCCACGUUGAUGUAUCCGACCACUCACCUUGGGGCCUAUGCAGCGGAAAAGUAUCUGCUGGAGACGAGUAAUCUGGGCCAGCUGAGGAACGGCUAUCACCGCAGGUUCCUGGAUGGCGGUGGCACCGCCUUGCAGUUGCUAACGAAAUUCGAGGGCGGCGCGAGUGCCGCUGCAGCGCAGGAGGAGCUGGAGGAUGAGUCGAGCAAGCCGCUGCUGUCGGGCAUAUCACAGGGAAAUCUCCUGGAAACCGAACAGCAGCCACUGCCACAGGUGCCGCCGGUGCAGGCCAGCAAGCUGGAGGAUGUGUGUGAGCCGCUGCCCCUGAAGACAGUUCCUGUGGCAGCUGCAGGCGGGGCUCCCGCUGCCGCCGCUGCUGCCCACUUGAAGUCCACCAACUCGGGCAGCGUGCAGAGCCUGUGGAGCAACAAGACCAGCAGCUGUGAGGGUGCCAGAAUGUUUGAGACAUUCAAUAGGAAUCUUAUAAAAACUAUCAAGGCGGAGAAUCCCAAAUAUCGUGGACCUCGACUGUGCGCCAUGCGCAUCCAGCAGAAUGGCCAGAGCAACAUUCUCCUGGACAACUUGGAGUCCAUUGAGGCGUACAAGCCCGUGAUCUACAAGCGACGCGAGCGACUCCUCGAUGAGGAACUCAACGAUGGCAAGGACAUCAUCACGUCCAAGGACAGCAAUGCAGCGUCUGCGGUGGAGGCAUGGCAGGGCCCAGCGGCGCCACACGAGCAUGUGGUGCUGCAGCCCGUACUAGAACCACUCGUGGAGCCACAGCAAGAGACUGAACAGGAGGAGAGCAGCCAGCCAGCAGCAGGAGAGGCAGCAGCAGCAGCCGCAGCAGGCGUCAGCAGUGGCGUGGCCGUGCACUCGCCCAAGCACUCGGCAAACUCCAGCUCGAUGAGCGAUGCCAUUGACUACCAGGAGAGUGUGCUGCUGCGGCGCCAGCAGCUGAGCCGCGUGGCCGAGUGGGUGCAGCACAACACGCAGCAAUUGGAGCAAAGGAAUCUGCAGCAGCCGCCGCUGCCAAGUGACUCCACGGCGGGCACCGAGCGGCAGUCCUCGUACUCCACGCUGGAUCGCAUGGAUUCCAUUUCGAUAGAGAAGCUGUCGAUGGAUUCGGGCUACAAGACAACGCCCCAGCAGCUGACCAACGGCCCCACGGAGGAUUCCCUCUCCCCCAAGACGGACAUCACAAGCAAUUCCCUGCCAGAGGCAGCCAGUGCACCGACGAUGGCCAAGAAGACGGAGCUCUGCACCACAUACUACAGGAGAACCACCAGAUCGGGUCUGCCAGUGGCAUACACCACCACAGCUGCAGCAGCAGCGGCGGCAGCAGCAGCGGCCAGUGGCACUCCUCCUGGCGGGGAUUCGCUGUCCUCUGGCUCCUCGGCGCCACUGAUGUGCCCGGAACAGCCCACGUGUGAUAUACUCAACUAUAAAUACUAUCCCAAUGACACGGACAAGACGCGAUCCGUGCAGGCGGAGCUGCACACGACCACACAGCACGUGGACAUUGCCCAGAUGGAGUACAAUGUGAAGCAGUUCCUGCUGAAGCAGAACGAGUGGUCCAUGCGGGGCGAUGGUGCCACCCAGGGAGGAGGCAAUGUUGUAGCCAUGCCGGGUGGCGCGCGUCUGGUGCGGCACACACGGCUGAUGGGACCAGGAGUGGGGGAGAGAGUGCGCAUGGCCACGCCCGGUGGAGCAGUGGCUGCCCAAACAGGCGCCAUGGCGCCGCACAGAACUGAAACGAAUUUAUAAGUAAAGCGGAAAAAGGGCAGGCAGAAGGCAGUGGAGGAGGAGGAGGAGCAGAAGCUGCAGGAGGAAAAGGAGCAGCAGCAGUCAAGGCAGGAGAAGGUGAAGCAACGGCAUGCCACGUGGGUGCAAUCGACGUAUCCAAAGAGUAAACCAAACUGUAUUCUAGUCUAGUGUUUUUGCUACUUUUACGUUCAUAUUCUACGAUCCAUAUCCAUAAUGUAUACCCGUAUACUCGUGUAUGGGAUCCCAGAUAUAGGAUACACACAAUAGAAGGCUAAGCAAUGUGCUAGAUGUGACUUAAGUUGGGACUUAGGAGCAAUGAUUGAGGAUGAUACUACAUGUACGAUAUAUCUAAAACACAGACACACACACACCAGACACAGACUACAAUCUAGGAAAUACUCGUAUUGCUUUGGAGCUAUAAGAUUAUCCAGUAAAAGAAAAGAACAACAAAUAACUCUUUGUGGUAGAGAGAGCGAGGGAUAGUUGUGGCAUUUGCGGGUAACUAACUAUAAGAAUUUUCAACAUUUAAAGCAAUUUUGUGUUUAGAAAUAUGAUAAUGUCAUGUAAUUCCUUGAAAUAUCAUAGUAUUUCCCAUGAAAUUUCGAUCUGUAAAUUAUUUAUUAGUUCAUUUUUCCAAUGAGUGUAAAUUUUUGUUCAUAUUUCCAACAUUUUACAUUGCAUAUUCGUUGUUUAAAUAUUUUAUGUCAGAAUCUUUAUUAGGCGUUGCCUUAAAAGUGCGUUCUUUAAAAGUCUGUUCCUAUUCUAUAAGAAACCUUUAAAUAUUUCGUCCUUCUUCUUGUUUCAAAGCUUCUGACUUCCAAUGUUACUUACAACCCAAGUUCUAUGUGGUUUAGUUUCUACCUGAAACCUUCUUAACUAUUAUAAAUCUCUUGGUUAUCUAAUUUCCUCUUAAUUUUCCCAAGCAAACUUUUCCAAGUCUUCCGUUUCUCUACUCUCAAAAUCACUCUCGUUUUUACCAUCUUCCCCAAGUCCCCAAGUCUUCCCUUGAACCCAAAAAUGUCUGCACCUUCUAGCACCCAAAACAAUGCCACAACUCUCCUCUCAAAUGUCACAACUGCAGCAGCAGCUAAACCAAAUGCAAAUCUAAGACAUAUGAUAUGUUUAUUCCUUAUAAAACAACAAACAAAAAACCACAAAAAAAAUAAAGAAAAGAAAGAAAUCUCAUAACAUUUUAUGUGUCUGAAUGUUAACCCACAACUUGAAGCCCAU